CGCUGUUGAGUCGUACAGCAACGCUCAGAAAGACUGAGACGGGAGGGGGGGGGUUGUAGGAAAAAAACCAACCGGGUAGGUCGCUCUUUGUUUCUGGUUAGGGGGAAAACCAAAAGGCGCUGCCUCCGGUCAGAACCCAAAUAUCAACAUUCAAACUCUCGUGGGUACAAAUUUCCGCUGUGCGUUUCCAGCUCCUCUUGAGAGAUGUCGACCCCCGACCCACCGAUGGGAGGGACGCCGCGGCCCGGUCCCUCCCCGGGCCCGGGACCAUCUCCAGGAGGCAUGAUGGGCCCCAGCCCCGGGCCCUCGCCGGGCUCGGCCCACAGCAUGAUGGGGCCCAGCCCGGGGCCGCCCGGCUCCGGCCACCCUCACCCCCCACAGGGACCCUCAGGAUAUCCUCAGGACAACAUGCACCAGAUGCACAAACCAAUGGACCCCAUGCACGAUAAGGGGAUGCCUGAUGACCCUCGCUAUGGUCAAAUGAAGGGUAUGGGCAUGAGGCCUGGUGGACACAGCGGUAUGGGACCGCCCCCCAGCCCAAUGGACCAACAUUCCCAGGGAUACCCCUCUCCGUUGGGCGGCUCGGAGCACGCACCCAGCCCCGUCCCGGCCAACGGUCCCCCCUCCGGAGCCGGUCCCAUGGAGGGCAGCGGGGACCCCGCUCAGAGCAUGGGCCAACCCAACCGGGCCGGGCCCCCGGGUCCCAGUGGGCCGCCGGGGCCGGGGGUCGGACCGGGCGCCGCCGGCGGAUCCACCCCUUUCAACCAGAACCAGCUGCACCAACUCAGGGCCCAAAUUAUGGCUUAUAAGAUGCUGGCGCGCAAUCACCCGAUCCCAGAGCACCUGCAGCUGGCCGUGCAGGGCAAGAGGCCCAUGCCUGGGAUGCAGCAGCAGCAGCCGCCCCCCAUGCCCAACAUGCCGCCCUCUGCCGGGCCUGGGGGUGGCCCACCUGCGGGACCAGGACCGGGACCAGGACCGGGACCAGCUCAGACCAACUACAACAGACCUCAUGGGAUGGUAGGUCCCAACAUGGCGCCACCCGGACCCGCAGGAGUUCCUCCUGCUAUGCAAGGCCAGCCUGCCAACGGACCACCCAAAUCAUGGCCUGAAGGACCAAUGGUGAACGCCGCUGCCCCAUCCAAUCCUCCCCAGAAGUUGAUUCCCCCCCAGCCCACCGGCAGACCCUCACCCGCCCCGCCCUCCGUGCCUCCAGCUGCCUCCCCGGUGAUGCCCCCGCAGACGCAGUCGCCGGGGCAACCUGCGCAGCUCCCUCCCAUGAUGCUGCACCAGAAGCAGAACCGCAUCACCCCUAUCCAGAAGCCCCACGGGCUGGACCCGGUGGAGAUCCUCCAGGAGAGAGAGUACAGGCUACAAGCUCGUAUUGUUCACCGCAUCCAGGAGCUGGAGCAUCUGCCUGGCUCGCUUGCCGGUGAUCUGAGGACAAAGGCCACCAUCGAGCUCAAGGCUCUGAGGCUGCUUACGUUCCAGAGACAGCUGCGUCAAGAGGUGGUGGCUUGCAUGCGUCGGGACACGGCCUUGGAAACCGCCCUGAACGCCAAAGCCUACAAGCGCAGCAAGCGUCAGUCUCUACGAGAGGCCCGGAUCACAGAGAAGCUGGAGAAACAGCAGAAGAUCGAACAAGAGCGAAAACGUCGCCAGAAACACCAGGAAUACCUCAACAGCAUCCUCCAGCAUGCCAAGGACUUUAAAGAAUACCACCGCUCCAUCACAGCCAAGAUCCAGAAGGCCACCAAGGCUGUGACUACCUAUCACGCCAACACCGAGCGUGAGCAGAAGAAGGAGAACGAGCGCAUCGAAAAGGAGAGAAUGCGGAGGCUGAUGGCUGAGGAUGAGGAGGGCUACCGGAAGCUCAUCGACCAGAAGAAGGACAAACGCCUGGCCUACCUGCUGCAGCAGACCGACGAGUACGUGGCCAACCUCACGGAGUUGGUGCGCGCCCACAAGGCGGCACAAGCUCUCAAGGAGAAGAAAAAGAAGAAGAAAAAGAAGAAGCCAGACGCCAAUGAAGGCGGUGCGCCUGCUAUGGGGCCUGAUGGAGAGCCUCUAGACGAAACCAGUCAGAUGAGCGACCUGCCAGUGAAGGUCAUCCACGUGGACAGCGGGAAGAUCCUGACAGGCGUCGAUGCACCCAAGGCUGGCCAGUUGGAAGCCUGGUUGGAAAUGAACCCUGGCUACGAAGUGGCGCCGCGUUCAGACAGCGAGGACAGCGGUUCAGAAGACGAAGAGGAGGAAGAUGAGGACGACGCAGAGGACCAGCCUCAGCCCACGACAGCUCCAACUGAGGAGAAGAAGAAGAUUCCAGACCCCGACAGCGAAGACGUUUCGGAAGUUGACGUCCAGCACAUCAUAGAGCACGCCAAGCAGGACGUCGACGACGAAUACGGCAGCGCCAGCUUCAACCGAGGCCUGCAGUCGUACUACGCCGUGGCGCACGCCGUCACCGAGAAAGUGGACAAGCAGUCCUCUCUGAUGGUCAACGGGAUGCUCAAGCAGUACCAGAUUAAAGGUCUGGAGUGGCUGGUGUCACUUUACAACAACAACCUGAACGGCAUCCUGGCCGACGAGAUGGGCCUGGGGAAGACCAUCCAGACCAUCGCCCUCAUCACGUACCUCAUGGAGCUCAAGCGCAUCAACGGGCCCUUCCUCAUCAUCGUACCGCUCUCGACUUUAUCGAACUGGGUGUACGAGUUUGACAAAUGGGCCCCGUCAGUGGUGAAAGUCUCCUACAAGGGCUCCCCACAGGCUCGCCGCGCGUUUGUUCCCAUCCUGCGAAGCGGGAAGUUCAACGUGCUGCUCACCACGUACGAGUACAUCAUCAAAGACAAGCAGAUCUUAGCCAAGAUCCGCUGGAAGUACAUGAUCGUGGACGAGGGCCACCGCAUGAAGAACCACCACUGCAAGCUGACGCAGGUGCUGAACACGCACUACCUGGCGCCGCGGCGCCUCCUGCUGACGGGGACGCCGCUGCAGAACAAGCUGCCCGAGCUCUGGGCCCUGCUCAACUUCCUGCUGCCCACCAUCUUCAAGAGCUGCAGCACCUUCGAGCAGUGGUUCAACGCUCCGUUCGCCAUGACCGGGGAAAAGGUGGACCUGAACGAAGAGGAGACCAUCCUGAUCAUCCGACGUCUGCACAAGGUGCUCCGCCCGUUCCUGCUGCGCCGGCUUAAGAAAGAGGUGGAGGCCCAGCUGCCGGAGAAGGUGGAGUACGUGAUCAAGUGCGACAUGUCGGCUCUGCAGAGAGUUCUGUACCGCCACAUGCAGGCCAAAGGCGUCCUGCUGACCGACGGCUCGGAAAAAGACAAGAAGGGUAAAGGCGGGACGAAGACCCUGAUGAACACCAUCAUGCAGCUGAGGAAGAUUUGCAACCACCCCUACAUGUUCCAGCACAUCGAGGAGUCCUUUUCCGAGCAUCUCGGCUUUUCCGGAGGAAUCGUGACUGGCCCUGAUCUGUACCGUGCCUCGGGCAAGUUCGAGCUGCUGGAUCGCAUCCUGCCCAAGCUGAGAGCCACCAAACACAAAGUGCUGCUUUUCUGCCAGAUGACGUCGCUCAUGACCAUCAUGGAGGACUACUUCGCUUACCGCAAUUUCAAAUACCUGCGUUUGGAUGGAACCACCAAAGCAGAAGACCGCGGCAUGUUGCUGAAAACCUUCAACGACCCGGCCUCAGAGUACUUUGUGUUCUUGCUGAGCACCAGGGCAGGAGGCCUGGGGCUGAACCUGCAGUCUGCCGACACCGUCAUCAUCUUCGACAGCGACUGGAACCCUCACCAGGAUCUUCAGGCUCAAGACAGAGCGCACCGCAUCGGGCAACAAAACGAGGUGCGCGUGCUCCGCCUUUGCACCGUCAACAGUGUGGAGGAAAAGAUCCUGGCGGCGGCCAAGUACAAGCUGAACGUGGACCAGAAGGUCAUCCAAGCCGGCAUGUUCGACCAGAAAUCCUCUGGCUACGAGCGGCGAGCCUUUCUGCAGGCCAUCCUGGAGCACGAGGAGCAGGACGAGGAGGAGGACGAGGUGCCAGACGAUGAGACCGUCAAUCAGAUGAUUGCAAGAAGUGAAGAAGAGUUUGAGCUUUUCAUGCGAAUGGACCUGGACAGGCGCCGCGAGGACGCCCGCAACCCCAAGAGGAAGCCGCGCCUGAUGGAGGAGGACGACAUGCCAGGCUGGAUCUUGAAGGACGACGCCGAGGUGGAGAGGCUGACCUGCGAGGAGGAGGAGGAGAAGAUGUUCGGCCGCGGCUCUCGUCAGCGCAAAGAGGUGGACUACAGCGACUCGCUGACCGAGAAGCAGUGGCUCAAGGCCAUAGAAGAAGGAAACCUGGAGGACAUAGAGGAGGAGGUGCGGCACAAAAAGACGACCAGGAAACGGAAGAGAGAGCGCGACCACGACGGCAGUCCGGCCACGCCCAGCUCCAGCCACCGCGGGCGGGACAAGGACGACAGCGGGAAGAAGGCCAAGAAACGCGGCCGGCCGCCGGCGGAGAAGCUCUCCCCCAACCCGCCGUCCCUCACCAAGAAGAUGAAGAAGAUCGUCGACGCCGUCGUCAAAUACAAAGACGGUAAUGGCCGCCAGCUGAGCGAGGUCUUCAUCCAGCUGCCGUCUCGUAAGGAGCUGCCGGAGUACUACGAGCUGAUCCGCAAACCGGUGGACUUCAAGAAGAUCAAGGAGCGGAUCCGCAGUCACAAGUACCGCAACCUCAACGACCUGGAGAAGGACGUGAUGCUGCUGUGUCAGAACGCCCAGACCUUUAACUUGGAGGGCUCUCUGAUCUACGAGGACUCCAUCGUGCUCCAGUCUGUCUUCACCAGCGUGAGGCAGAAGAUCGAGAAGGACGACGAGAGCGAGGGAGAGGAGAGCGAGGAGGAAGAGGAGGAGAUGGACGAAGGCUCCGAGUCUGAAUCUCGAUCGGUGAAGGUGAAGAUCAAGCUGAGCCGGAAGGACAAGGGCGACCGAGGGGGCAAAGGUCAGAGGCGGAGGGGCCGCGGCUCCCGGGCCAAACCCGUCGUCAGCGACGACGACAGCGAGGACGACCAGGAGGAGGAGCGUUCAGCCAGUGGCAGUGAGGAUGAUUGAAGCGAACCCCGUCGCUUCACUUGACUUUAUAUUUCACUAGACGCUGCAAGGAGGCGGCCAGAGGAGAGAACUAGUUUUACCUAGACGGGCUGAUUUUUAGUGUCACAGUCAGCAUUUAAGUACACCAUUAAUUAAAAAAAAAUAUGAACGCUAUGAACCAUCUAUUUCAUAUUUAAACCAUAUCCAAUAAUGAAUGGUAGUGUCUUCUUUUUUUUUUUUUUUCCCCUUUUCCUGUAAGUGGAACCUUGACAGAGCCUGAGUCAUCAUGGACAGAUCGUGGACAAACAAACCAGCUGUGGUUUUGUUGUUAAUUCUUCCGUUUUUUUUAUUAUUAUUAAUUUUUUUUAAAAUUAGAAUUCAAAGUGACAUAAAUUUUUUGUCGUCGUCUUUGUCCAGACAAAGCGUACUGCAUUCCUUCAAAGUCCCUUUUGGAUGCAUGUUUGUGGAAAUGCGCCUGGAUGUUUUCGUCACUGUGUUUAAUUUAAUGACGAGGACAGGAACGCGGUACGUCCCGCCGCCGCCGCCGCCUCCCGCUCAGGUCACAUUCAGUAAAGGGGAGAGCGGGUUGGGGGGGACAGGACCCGUUUCUCGUGUCACUGGAUUCCAUAAAGUACAAUAAAGACGUCUCAAUUCA